GAUAAUGUUGCACCGGCCAUUCCUCCCAUUCAGGUAGCCCCUGGAAGAUGUAGAUACUGUUAUCUUGCAAAAUGAACACGAUGAUGGAAUUGCGCGCUCACUUGCACGACACUUGCACGACGGCCGUGCUGCAAGUUAGCCAGGAGCGGCGGUGGGAAAGAACUCUGCUGUCGACAGGAGCUGGACCCUCCAUGUCUAUACCUGAACUAGUAUCCAGUAGUUUUCGUCGAACCUUGUUUGCUCACACCGUCGCUGACUGAGCGAGGCGCCUCGACUACUACUUGUUCGUUAUUAGCGCAGCACUCAAUAAUACUUACAUUCAAUCGAGUCUUUAUAGCAAGCUCAGGAGCAAGGCAUAAGGCUUGUGAGUUGUGUUCUUUUGGCCCGCACCCAUUCCGUUCUGCUGGGCAAGCAGGGCCAGCAGCGAGCCUGCAUUGGAGCUUUAUCACAAAGCGAGCUCUUCAAGACUGCUGUAAGCUCCAAUAUGCCCAGUUGUGGCUCGGUGCUGUCGACGCCGAGCGUGUGGCAACCGGAAAGUUGCGCUGCUGCUGGACGAGGCUCAGCAGAGUCCGCGCUAAACCGCGGCCCUUCAAAGCCUUGAUGCCUCAGACUUUUGCAGAUCUCUUUCACGGAACACCUGGCUCGUUGAGCCUGCGCGCGGCCCAGACAGCCCAGCCAUGUUUCUGCUCCAACGCAGUACCGUCGAGUACAACCUUUUGGCCCUCGACGCCACCUAGCCCGCCCCAGUCGCCCUCGCGGCUGCCAGGGUGCGCCCACGCCGCCCCGUGGCGGCCCAUGGACGACUCAAGCGCCGGCGCACACCCAGCGUCGCCGGACAGCCAAGCGGAGGGCCACGGUGACGACGACACCCCCACGCGGCAGCGCCCCGCCGCCUCCACCUACUCCCAGCCGCAGCAGCCACAGCGCCACCUUGACCUGCUGCAGCCCGCGGAGCCCCCCCUGCUGCUGCUGCUGCCACGGCAGCGGCGGCGGUCGAGCGAUCUUGCCUCUGUCACCACUGCCGCCGCUCCGCGAGCAUUCACGACAGCGGCGGGCGCCGCUGCCGGGGCGGCGGUGCUACCACUGCAGCGGGGCUCGCCGCCGCCGCUACGCCCAGCCUCCGGGGACAGCACCGGCCCUCGGUCCCCCAGAAGAUACGCAGCUGCCGCUGCUGAUAAUCACCCCAGUGCGGCCGCGCUCGCGGCCGCAGCAUUGUCGGGGCACCUUACGGUACCUGGUGCCGCAUGCGAGUCAGAUUUGGCUGCCCUUACUGCGCCCAUCGCUUCCGUCUCCACCACUGCGGCUGGCAUUGCUCGGGGUAGUGGCGGCGCUGCAGCCCCCAGCGGCGGCACUCACCGCGCUUUGGACGCGGCUACUCGGCGCCCCGGCGCGCCGGCAUUGCCACCGCUUCUGUCUUUAUCAGGUGCAGCAGCAGGCGGCCUGCUCGGCCUCAUGGCCGCGGGGGGCGGCCACAAGCGCCUCAGCAGCAGCAUCCCUGAGGCGGCAGCUGCAGCGGCGGCGGCGGAGCCAGCAGCAGGGGGCCUUGGCGACCGCCGUCGCCUGCUGCCGCCGCCCGCCGCCUCCGCUCCAGCGGGCCGCCGCCUAGCACCGCCGCCGGCGAAACGCCAGCGGCUCUCUGACCCUGGCCUUGCUGCGGGCGGCACAGCAGCAGCAGCGCUCGGGCACCUGCAGCAGGUGCGUGUGGCCGCAGCGGCUGUAGGGCGGAGGCGCAGCAGCAGUCCACAGGGCCGCGCCACCACAGGGGACAGGGGCGGCGAGGUUGACUGGGCUGCUGCUGCUGCUGCUGCGGGCCGCGGUGGCAGCGCAAGCAUGGCGCUUGUUAAUGACGCAGCAGCCGCGGAGGAAGCAGCCGCGGAGCGCUGUUACCGGGGCCUUGGCGCCUCUGCGCAGCCGCCACCGCAGCUGCCGCCCUCGCCCAGGCGCCAGCUGCUGACAGCAGCGCCUUCCCCGCCGCCCCUCCGCGGGCAGCAGCCUCAACCUCCAUCUUUACCUGUGCCGGCGGACGAGCUGCAGGCAGCGGCGGAGCUGCUACUAGCUUUCCGGCGCACCGCUGCAGCCGCGACGGCCGCUAUUGCUGAAGACGACAAUCCGCAAGUCCCAUCCACCACAGCCGCCUCGGCAGGUGGCGGCAGCACCGUGUCGCCUACUGCUGCUGCACCUCGCACCGCCGCCUGGAGGGGUGAGGCGGCUCUCUCGCCCGCGGCGCCGCACUCAUUCGCAGCAGGACCAGCAGCACCAGCAGUGCCGCCGGUAGCGGUGCCAGCAGCCGCAUUCCCCUCCGCCGCAGCGCGCGCGACUUCUGCUGGCACACCAUCGCCAAGCACUUGUGCUGAUUCUGCUGGUGCUGGUGUUGGCGCUCGUUCAGCGCGGCAUUCGCCGGCGCACUCGCCCUCGCCGCUCGUUCACCAGCAGCACCACCACCAGCCGCAGGCGCAGCGUGCCCAGCAGCAGCAGCAGGCGGCUAGGCUGCUCAUGCCCCCGCCGCCGCCACCACCGCUGCACAUGGCACGCCGGCACUCUGCUCCCCAGCAGCUUCUGCCACAGCAGCAGGGCCCCUUUCAUGCUGCUGCCGGAGGAGGAGGCGGGCAUCAAGAGCAUAUGCGGCGAGCAUCUGACGGCGCGUCCAUUGCCGCGCCAGCUCCCUCUCCAGCCGCAGGAAGGCACCCGGCAGUCGUCCGCCACAGCGCUUCAACUGCACACCAGCAGGCGCCCAUGGGACCCAUUUCAGAGUAUGUUCCCCUUCGGCGUGCGCCUCUGAUGGCGCCGCCGGCCCCGCCGCCCGCUGCGUCACCACCGCUGCCGGCAGCCGCAGCCGCCGCCGGCGGGACCGGCAGUGGCCGGCACUUGACGGCGGCAGCGGCGGCAGCAGCUGCGGCAGAGGCGGCCGCAAAGGAGCGGCGGGGCGCCUCCACGCCUGACAGGCUUCUGGCUCAAACCGCCGCCGCCGCCGAAACCGCUGUGCAGCGGCAGGCAGCGUCUUACUUGGAUGACAGCAGCGGCGGCGUGUCACAGCAGCGGCGGCGGCCGCCACGCUGGACGUUGCCGCCCGGCUCCCGCCUGCUGCUGGCGCGCACCUCCCCCGCCGCCACCCCACCCAGUAGCAGUAGCCGCCCUCCUGCGCCUGCGUCUGCACCUGCACCUGCACCGGCACCGGCUGCCACUGCUUCUGCUGCUACUGUUGUGGAUGAGGAGCUGAGGGCGCUGUUCCUGGCAGUGGUUGAUGUCGUCACCAGCGGCGGCGCAAGCGGCCGUGGUGCCGCGGCGGCGGCGGGACAUGAGGAGGGGGCAGCGGCGGCGGCGGUGCGGCCUGCGGGCCGCGAGGCUCUGCACGCCGCACUCAUCCUGCUCACCACGCAGCACUACAUGGACCACGGGCUGCCCGGACUGCCACCCGCCACUCCCUCCACCGGGGGCCCGGCACUGCCGCCGCCAAGGCUGCUGCCUGCACCCGAGCCGCCGGCGCCGUCAGCCCCGCGGCGACUGCCUCCGCAGGCACCGUCACCACCGCAGCCGACGGCUGAGCUGGAGCGGCAGCAACAGCCGCAGGCUCAUCGUCCGCCUCAUCAUCAUCAAGUGGCGCCAACCCCACGGCCGCCGCACGGCGCCAUCACGGCGGCGGCUGCAGCUGCUGGACCUGAUGAAAGUGCUGCUACUGCCGGCGGCAGUAGUGCUGCCGCGGCAGGGAGGCGGAACAGCAGCAGCAGGAACCCCUGGGCUGCCAGAGGUGCCCCGCCAGGAGCUGCAGCGGCUGCAGGUUUGGCGGUGGUGAUGGAGGCGGCAGCAGCACCCAGCAGCAGAGGCCUAGGCGGCAGCAGCCAGCAGCAUCCGCCCGGACGACAAACAGCCGCCACUGCGCCGCAAACAGCUCCCACUGCCGCCGGAGCUGCUGGUCAGAAUAGCAGUACCGCCGCAGUUACUACAGUUACCGCAGCGCUUAAUUCGCAGCAGCUGCUGCGCGAGAGGAAGCGGCGUGAGGCCAGCGGUAGCCGCAGCAGUAGUAGUGGUAACUCGGCUGUGUCUGACCAGCAGCAGCAGGCGCCCAAGCGCAGACGUCAGGACCUGUAGCUGCCUCGGCGCAUGGAGUAAACGAGCGGCGAGGUUGAGUGCACGUGGGUGCUCUUUCCUGCAUGCGUAUGCAUGUGUAAUGGCUGCUGGGACGAAUAGAUAGAGUGGCAGCAGGGCAGUCGUGCGCGGACUGACUUGCUUGUGCCGCACUAUCUUCUGUAUGUGAAAAUCAACCUGAUUGUUGCAUGAAUUAUUACUCAACCUGGUUUGUCUGCCUGUUAUAGCUGGAUGGAACAGCUAGCGGCAGCAGAGACACGCACUGCGCAUGCACGGCCCGCGUUGUGCUGCCAGCAGCAACGUCCAGCACAUAAUUCGAGGGAAUAAACACAUGAGUCGAACUAACGCAAACGGUUACACAAGAGGGGGGUACAAGUUGGGACGCAGGGGGACAUGACGCGCAUGUAUGAUGAUGAGCAGCAACGCCGCCGCUGCUGUGCAUAUCUUGCAUAGCAUGAUUGCAACUGGGUAUUGAAGGUGCGCCUGUGAGGUAUCCGAUAUGUGCCUAAAUAGGCCGCCGCUUUGUAUGCCUAUAUACUUCGCUGCUUGCAUUUUUGCAUUGAUCCACGCACGCUCACCGUUUCAACGGUCUUUGUCAGACUCGUACUGCGACGGAGAUGGCAGAGGCCCCCAACAUAGAGGCGUGUGCUUAGUAGGCGCCCGCGUCAAGGUGGCUGGGUUGAUAACGACCCGGGAGGGGAGGGCUCAGCCCUUUUCCUGCCUCCCUAAGGCAGCCACCUCCUUGUUGCAUUGAUGUGGUAAUGGAACAUACACGCUCCCCGACACUGAUCACACACAACGUACGGUAAUGCAUGGGUUUGGUGGGGGCGGUCAGUUGUGUAAGGCGAUUGUUAUGAGAGCAUUGCUUGUGUUGACUGGUGCCAUAUGAAGGGGAUAAAUUGAAGCACACUGCGAAGCCACUCUGCGCGUACCGGAGCCAGGUUAGCUAGGGUGUUAGAAGGGAGGCACGUGUAGCGCUCCGAUUCAGGUGUCGUGGCAUAACGUAUUUUUGCGUGGCUGCAUACUGUGGCCGUGCGCAACAUACAUCUUGGCACUGCAGGGCGGGGGUAGCAUGCACAAACAAGAGGGCACUCACACUGCGCAUAGGCGGCCUAGCUAGGCCCCGCAAGAAGCACCAGCGUGUUCGUACCAUGCAGCAAGCGUUAGCUGCAGCAAGCAAUAGCCCCAUGACAAAUCAAUAGGAAUGCGGCUCAGAUAGGGCAGGAUAGGGAACGCCAAGGAUAGAUGUUCCUGCGAGGUGAUACUGCGGGGAUUUGGCAUUGAGAGUACUUUCUGAUGUGGGGGUCCCCGGCGCGCGUUACGCCCCGUCCCCCAGGUCAUCCCUCGCUCGCUCGUGUGCAUAUCAUCAGCAGUGCUCAGCACUUGAAUGGGCGCACCAAUUGGGCUAUCGGGGCCGUGAGUGGCUGGCUCGACUGUUGUUACUGCCUUGUGCUUCCAGGUGCUUCCUAUCUAUGAAUGCGACAAUACGGUGAACGUCAGGGGCAGUCCAGUGCUCCACAUCAUCUGCCGUAUGUAUGCUGCUCUGGUGCGUAAACGGUGGGCCCGGCCUGUGUGGGUCAUGCUGUGGCACACGGAGGGCAAGGUGUCAAGCAGUUGUAAUGUAGUGUUAUUUCUCGCUCAUAACAAGCAAGGAGUAUGCUACUUGUACGGCACGGCCCUGCGUGGGAAGCAAGGCUGCUGCUGGAGGCCGGCGGAGGCUUGAUGUAAAAUCCUUGGUGAUGUGAGCAGCUGUUGCAGAAAGUCUGUUCAGCGCGAGCCCUCUUACACCUUUAGUUCCGUUGCCGCCUGUCCUAGGCGUCGACGGUAGACCAGACAGGCGACUUUGUUGCUUCAUGUGGGAACACGGUGAGUGCGAGAGGGCCUUGGAUGCAGGGAGGGUAGAAAGCUCAGGAGCUUACCCCAUGCUCAAAAUUACAGGUAGAGCUUUAGGAGAGCAUUACGCACGUACUUUUAGUUUGUCAGGGGUGGGGAACCGCCAAAGCAAAAGGGUCGGUCAUCGUCCCUGGGGGUUGGCCGGGUUUCGGGAGCCCAUCCUGGCGGAUUGCGGGGAGCGCCCCACAAGCAAAACUAGGGGCCACACGCAGCACUGCGAGGACUCAAAUGUGCACGUCAUGCAGUACGAAGCACAAACAAAGUGUGUGGGGGCUAAUUUGCGCAGCCUGGCGUGGACAUAUCGGCACAGAUUCGACACGUGCGGACUGACCUGGCGGGGCUCUCAAGCAAUGGUGCGUGUGAAUGCAUGUUCAACAAGGCUGCCGGUGCACGCUGUCCAUACAUCACAUGGCAGGGAGUUGAAGGGGGGAUGGGCUGGGUCAAGGGAAUAGAAUCCCCCGUGCACGUGACUGUGACUAGAGUCUCAGAACAGGACCGCCAAUGGCAUAGCGUGACAGCGCUUGUCAAGAGCAGUUGAUGAGUUGAUUGGUGCUACUUUGAUAUUGAACGGAGUUUUCAAGCCCUGAGCCACAAGGUUUUGUCUGUGGUGUGGGGGGUUCCCUGGCUGGGAUUUCGGGGCAUGGGGUGUGGCACUUUGUUUCCUAACCC